AUGCGAGCUAGGAUAGAGGAAGAGAGUUCCAAGAACUCUACAGAGGUUUCAAAGACUAAGGUAGGGGAUUCCAAUGUCUCUAAUCCUAAGGUCAUUUCUCAUGAAAUGCUUCUAACUCAAAAAACUCUUUUACAUACCCUUCAUGAGGAACAACCUUCCUACCUUCUUUUGUGUCAAGUUAUACUCACUUGUCUUUCUAGCUCUUCACUUAAGGAUCUUCUUCCUUCUAUUGUUGCUCUCCUUCAAGAAUUUCAAGAUCCUUUUUCUAAAGAUGGUCCUCGUGGACUUCCUCCUUUUAGAGGGAUUAAGCAUCAAAUUGAUUUUUUCCCAGGGGCUAGUAUACCCGAUAGACCUAUGUACAGGACAAACCCAAUUAAAACAAAGGAGAUUGAGUCUCAAGUGAAUGAGCUUCUAGACAAAGGGUGGGUCCAAAAUAGCUUGAGUCCUUGUGAUAUCCAUGUGUUGUUGGUGUCCAAGAAAGAUGGGUUUGUAGUCAAUAAAAAUGGGGUCCAUGUUGACCCUGAGAAAAUCAAAGUCAUUCGAGAAUGGGCUAUUCCAAAGAUUGUUAGGGACAUCCGUAGUUCUCAUGGGCUUGCUGGCUUCUAUGAAGGUUCGUACCCAACUUCUCUACUCUUGCAUCACCCUUAA